AAGCCUUCAGCGACGAAUAGGCAUUGUAGUUUAAUGGUUACAGUGUGGUUUACAUAGCGUGAUAAUAACCAAACACAUUUAAUUUAUCCAUAACAUUUGCCCAAAAUCUGACUGUCAUAAUAUAUGAUAUAAUUCAUUGCACACACAACUAAACACUGUAAGAAUUAUUAUUUUUUUAAACAAAAUGUGUUAUACAGAGAAAAAUGUAGGUACCUAAAACAUCAUCUGCAAAAUAUCAUCGCUCUCAAUAUUAUAGCCUAUGAAAUGACUUUGACCAUACUCAUUUCAUGUAAGGGUAGCCUAUAGGUGUAACUUGAUUAUUCAGACAAUUGAAAUAGGUUACAAACAUUCUUAGAUUAUAUAUUAAUUGGAAGUGAUAAGAAAAGGCCUGCAGCUGCAAUUAUAUUCAUUAAUUCAAGAACAAUCAGCCACAUAACACUUGUUUUUAUAUGUAGUUCACUUCUCCUGCAUUACUUGCACAUUGGUCUUGCAAUAUAAGUUUGAACUAUUUAAUUUCCCGUUUUUUAUAUUGUUCUUUAAAUGUGUUUUAUUGUUUAAUGUCUUAUAUAUUUAUGUUGCAUCGUUGGAGGAGCCUGGGACUUAAGAUUUCCAUUUCCAUAACUAGCUAACAGCUACUCUAUAUGGCAAUAACACUUUGAAUCUUGUGGUCAUAAUUUUGUCACUUUGUAUCCACUAGACUAGACUAGACAAUUUGCACAGAGCACAAUGAAGAAAAGGGCCAGACCAAACGGGGAAUAAAAUGCCCUCUAAUUUGUUCCCAGUUCAAGUGUUUUACAUUAUUUGAUCCAUUUAAUAAUGUUAAUGUUGAGCAAGUGUUGAAAAAUAAUCUAAUCCUGUCAGUGUCAGAACUCCUAUCCAGCAGGGGGCGAUCUUAAGAAAUCUAUUGCACUACCGUAAAAAACAUAGUAUUUGCGCAAACUGCGGGCACGAGAGAAGAGUGAGCUAUUUUGUAAAAUUAUUCAAAUAAGCAGAGACAAAACCCGUCAACUGAGGCCAAAUAUAAACCCUUCAACGACUAGUCAGCGACAACGACCUAUAUUAAUAAAGUGUGUCUCAUUUAAUUGCAUAUUCUUCUCUGUUACUCAUGUCCUUGUACAGAAAUAUAGAAACCACAGCAGCCGGUUUCUUGAUAGACACAUCUACACGAGACCCCCUCUAUGUGUGUAUUUCUAUGUGCAUCGGGGUCAAGGGGCAUCCCAUAGUUGUCAGGAAGCAGAAUUGAGGGGGAGCUCAGCCGACAUCUGUUGUUGUUGCCUGCGCUGUAUCCUCUCCCUGUCUGACAGUCCGGUUAGCCGACCAGAGGACUUUUUUCUCGGUGUAGGUUGACGUCUGUUCCCCGUUGGAUGAAUGGCAAUGACGGCAGCGAGAGUGGCGGCAGCGGGCGGCCCGGCGUCUUUGUUCCGGUUCAGGGGAGCGCUGGUGGCGGCCGUGCUGGGGGAUUGUGUCGGCGGAGAGUUUGAAGGAGCGGAGGAGGUUCCCAUGGAGAGCGUGCUGCAGCAUCUCAGCAGCCUGGACGACGACACCAAAGGGAAUGGUAUCCUUGAGUACAGUGAUGACACGGCCAUGGCACGUUGUGUGGUCCAGUCUCUUCUCACCCGUGCCGGCUUCGAUGAGCGGGACAUGGCUCGCAGGUUUGCUAAGGAGUACAGUGCUUCCCCGGGCCGCGGGUAUGGAUCCGGAGUGAUCCAGGUGCUGAAGAAGCUGUCCUCCCCUCAGCUCAAUGACGUGUACCAGCCUGCCAGAGACCAGUUUAAUGGUCGGGGCUCCUUUGGGAACGGGGGAGCCAUGAGGGCGGCCCCCUUCGCACUGGCUUUCCCCGACCCAGCUGAUGUGAAGAAGUUUGCUCAUCGCGGGGCCAUGCUGACCCACUCCUGCUCUCUUGGCUAUAACGGGGCGGUGCUGCAGGCGUUGGCCGUGCACCUCUCCCUGCAGGGGGCGCUGGACUUGCCCCUCAAGUUCAUCAGCACGCUGAUCACACAGAUGGAGGACGUGGAGAGCGACGAGGCCACGCUCAAUGACGCCAGAAUCUUAAAGGAAGCAGAGAAGCCGUUCUGCGAGCGCCUCCACAGAGUGAGCGACCUGAUGCACCGAAGCAAGGUCAGCAUCGAGGAGGUCAUCUCUGAACUGGGCAACGGCAUCGCGGCGCUCCACUCAGUCCCCACUGCCAUCUUCUGUGUCCUGCACUGCCUGCAGCCUAGAGAAUGCCUCCCAGAGAACUACGGCGGCCUGGAGAGGACAAUAGCGUACAGCCUGGCCCUGGGAGGGGACACAGACACCAUAGCCUGCAUGGCAGGGGCCAUCGCCGGGGCCCACUACGGCAUCGAGGCUAUCCCUCAGUCGUGGAUAAAGUGCUGCGAGGGGGCGGAGGAUGCAGACAUGAACGCAGAGCGGCUCCACAUGCUGUACCAGCAAACAUCACAGGGGGGCGGGACAGGGGACAGGGGAGCCGAGCUGUGGAGCUGAAAGCCAAUCAAAAGCUUCUAACGGCACAGAGAAGAAAGCCAGAGCGGAGUGAUUCUUACUGAGUGACACACACCCACACAUAUGAUGAUUUCAAAACUAUGACAAAAUGUGUUUUUUUUCCAUGACUGAAGGGAGACAAUGAUGAGACGGCAUUGACGCCAUUGAAGACCAACUGUGACAAUAUCAACAUGCAAUAUUCAUGAAAACAAAAAUGUAGUUAAAAAAUAUAAACUUCACUAAAAUCAUUUUAUUAUAACUUC